AUGACCAUCAGCAAAUCAUUGCACAUCUUCUCCAAAAUCACCCAUCCGUACAGCAUGACCAAUUCAGAGAUGUGGCCGAUAUCCAGUCCCAAGACGUCAGUAAAGCCGUAUAUCGCAUGUGGGCCUCCUCUACUGACACGGAGAAUUAGUGAACAGUCCAACGUCAACGGCGCUCCGCACGCCAUCAUCGAGUCACCACUUCUCCGCCUCCCACCAGAGCUUAGGAACGUUAUCUUCGCCUACGCACUCGAUCACGGGACAGUCUCUCCCCAUCUCGGAACGACUUGUCUAGAGCGCAGGUUGAGGAAAGACCCGAUCCGGAAGCGCUUCGGUCUGCUAUUCACCUGCCGACAGAUCUACGCGGAGACUGCUCUCCUACCAUACAAGCUCAACACAUUCAGUGUGCGGGGCUUGAUACCCUUAGUGGCUCUCGAGAAUUUCUUGUGUAGGCGAACUCAGGCUCAGAUGCAGGUGAUGGACAAGGUGCAGAUGGAUCACGAAGAAUUGCGGGCGGCGACGGUGUGGAUGGACAAGAUUGCCAGUGAGCUUGAGCCGGCUUGCCAAGCGAAUUCCACCGAAAUGGUGACUCGCGCACAACGGAAGGAGUGGUUAGAGAAAAGCAUGAAUCCUUUAUGUCAAAGGCCGCUGACGCGAACGCACAUCUCCGAGCGCAAUGCAGCCGCCUCGCCCCUCCUCCGCCUGCCCCCCGAGCUACGAAAUUCGAUCUUCGCCUACGCCCUCUACCACGAGAGAUUCAUUCUCGGUCCCCCAGACUCAUGCGGCUAUGUGGUCAAGUCGCGUGACAAGAAUUUACUCAGCCUUCUCUACGUUUGUCGUCAGAUCUAUUCCGAAACGGCAUUCCUGCCGUACAGGCUGAACAGCUUCGAGAUCUGCCGAGACAGUCCCGUCAGCUUAGUCGCGUUCCUCAAGCGACGGACGGCUACUCAGAUUGAGCUCAUGCAGGAUGUGAUUAGGAGAUGGAAGUACGUCAAGACGCAUAUCUACAGUUUCUACCCUGUUCCAUCACUCUCUCGUUUUGUCUCCAACGUACGCAUCCGCUCCAGUGACCAAGAUUUCAGCCUCGAUUACAGCAUGUCGAGUCCGAAGAAGCACUCCGAGGGCGCCAGAUCUGAUCUCGCGCAUGGCACCAACCCGAUCGUCAACGAUAUUUCCCAGCGCAAUGCAGAGUCUCCUCUCCUUCGCCUCCCCGCCGAACUCCGCAACCACAUAUUUGCCCUUGCCCUUACUCAGGGAGAUAUCAAGGGGAACUACGGCGCCUGGCUCAAGAACAAGAACUCGGUCAACCUUCUCUACGUUUGUCUUGCUAGCACCGAGCGCAACGCUACCUCAUCCCCACUCCUCCGUCUUCCCCCCGAGAUCCGCAACCACAUCUUCUCUCUCGCCCUCAAUCACGGCUACAUCCCGAUAAUCUUUCCAGAACGCUCUCAUCGUUGGAACAUUAAACGAGCUGAACGCCGAGGCUUCGAAUAUCGCUACCACUACAAGCAAUUCUGCAACAUCUUCUACAACCCCAUCAGCUUCUCGGCGAGGUCUUGUUCCUUCAAGCUGAAAAAGCGCCCAGUCCGCAAUUUCAAGCGUCUCAACUACCUCAAGCGGCCCGUCAACCUCCUGUUCGUGUGUCGCCAAAUCCACGCCGAGACCGCACUGCUUCCGUACAAAGUCAAUACAUGGGUGAUCGAAUUGAACAGGCCCUGGGAGAGGAUAAGAGAAGGGUAUGAGCGGUACUAUUGGCAUGAUCCAAUGCACUUCGUCGAGAAAUUGACCGCAACGCAGAGGGAGGUCAUGGAGAAAGUAUGGUCCGUUGACGAGUUUGGAGGCAAACAUACGGUAUACAUGGGGUCUGCGAAAGUAUGGAUGGAGCGCUGGUUGCCACGGCCGAGACGUUGCGUCCUUGAGAGUAUGGAAUCUCUCAAGAUCACGUCUCCUUCAACCAACUUUGCGGCAAUCAACACUGACGUCAAAGCCGAUAUGUCGGCGCCAGAGGAGCAGUCAGAGAGCGAUCGCGAUCAAAUCACCCAGCAAAACGCCAAAUCACCUCUUCUGCGUCUUCCUGCCGAGCUCCGCAACCAGAUCUUUGCCCUUGCCCUCACACAGCCUAUCAUUGAGAUCUUCUGGUCUAGGGCGCGCUGGAGGUUCAUGUUUUCCGAGGAUUGUCGGCCAGACUACGUUCGACAACCGCUCAACCUCCUCUUCGUGUGUCGACAAACCCAUGCUGAGACUGCCACUCUUCCCUACAAGCUUAACACGUUUGCUGUCGAUUUCCUUUACCAACGUGAGCCUCCGAAAAACUUUCUUUAUCAGAGGACAGUGAAGCAGAGGGAAGUGAUGGGUAGUAUCAGCGAGCGAGACUCUUAUUCUGGAAACGCUGGAGAGCCUAUGUCCGCAACGGAAUGGAUGGCUUUUAUAGAAGCGGAGGCUUUCUCGUCCUCCUGGAAGAAUGAUGAGACUGAUGAGACGGAGGCUUGA